AUGGGGACGUUCUUCCGCGCGUCGCGCCUGCACUACAUCGGGAGCUGGCGCGCGCGCUACGAGACGUUCCUGGAUGACGAGACGACGACGCCGCCGCCGCUGCCGCCGCCGGCGGCGAAGAACGGCGAGCGGCUCGUGAUGCACGUCGACAUGGACUGCUUCUUCGCCGCCGUGGCGGCUCUCGGCCGCCCGGAGCUGAGAGACCUCCCGAUCGCGGUCUCGUGGAGCUCCGGCGGUCAGGGCGAACUCUCGAGCUGUAACUACGCCGCGCGCGCGUUCUCAUGCAAAGCCGGUAUGCGCGUGGGGCACGCAAAGUCGCUGUGUCCGCGGCUCGUCGUCAUGCCGUACGAGUUUGAAAAAUACAGCGAGAUCGCGCUGGAGGUAUACAGGGUGUUACACGCGAUCACCCCGCACGUCAUGGGCGUGAGCGUGGACGAGGCGUACGUGGACGUGACCCAGAGGGCGAACGCGGGCGAGGACGCGCGCGCCAUUGCGGAGGACGUUCGACGGAAGAUUUUCGCGAAGACGGGGUGUGCGGCGUCCGUCGGUUCCGGGCCGAACCGUCUCAUCGCGCGCCUCGCGACCAAGAGAGCGAAGCCGGACGGCGCGUUCCACGUCUCUCUCGCCGCCGCGCCGGCGUUCAUGUCGUCGUUGCCCGCCGCGGAGCUCCCCGGCGUAGGACGCGGGGCUCUGAAAAAGCUCGCCGCCGCCGGCGUCGGGGGCGGGGGCGGCGUCGGGGGCGAGCUCGAGCUCACGUGCGCGGACGUCGUCUCCGCGCCGCUCACGAGCCUGCAGCGCGCGCUCGGGCCGAAAGCCGGCGUCGCGCUGCGCGACGCCGCGAGAGGGGUGGACACCCGCGCGUGGGAAGCGCGCCCGCCGAGGCGAUCCGUGGGCGCGCAAGUCACGUGGGGCGUUCGCUUCGUCGAAGCCUCGGAGGCUGUCGCGUUCGUGACGAAGCUCGCGACCGAGGUGGCGACGCGGAUGAAACGCGUCCGCGUGAAGGGUAAAUCGCUGACGUUGAAAAUACUCCGCGCG